GCUGCUUCCGCGUGCGUCACGUGUGAUGGUCACGUUACAGCUCCAACACGGAACCGUCAGCAGCAGCAUGGAGCACGCGGCGCUGUUCGACCGGCUGACAGGUGUGUACAGGUGUGUUCAGACGGGAUCCCGCCCCGGUCAGAGUGCUGCAGAUGUGGCGGCUGUGGUAUUCUCCUCUGUGUGUGUGCGUGCUGCUGCUGCAGCUGCAGCGGAUUGCCAUGACAACAGCGUGGAGCUGACCUACAUCGGCGUGACUCUGGUGGAGAAGAUCACCUCCAGUCUGACGUCACGCAGCCUACCUGCAGCAGUGACGUCAUACUGCACGGAGAUCCUCAGGGUGCUGUUUCAAGACCUCGAUCUCAUGACGCAUCUAGUCCAUCAGUUCCAGGCUGAGGAUCAGAUCAUCUCACAUCUGGCUGCCAAGACCGUGUCGACAUGUGUUCUCUAUCAUCUCCAUGAACGUGGUGUUGUCAGCCCUGUCUGGGAGCAGAAAUGUGUGCAGGUAUUUCACAGCUCGCCCCCCGGUCCUGAACUGGACGCCUGUCUGUGGUCACUGACUGAAGUCUUAAAAAGACUUGUCAAAGGAUCUCACCAAGAGAUCCUUUGGAAACUCGUGUCAGCCUUUGACUCCAGCCUGAGCGCUCUGUGUUCAAGGUUUCUCCCUGGAGAGAAGACAGAGGAUUGUACCAGCCGGAGGCACUGGGGGACAACCGUCUGCCUCCUGCUGGACCUGCUGGAGGUUCUGACUGCAUCCAGUUUGAUAUGUGGAGCCGGUGUCUGUCUGAAGAGUCAGAGAUUAACCCACAUUCACUCCUCAGCACUCCUGAGCUCGAUCAGCUGCUCCUCAGAGUAUUAUGUCAAAAAGCGAGUGCUGCUGCUUCUGAAGAGAGCCGUGCUGGUGAAGGCUGGAGAGGACUGGGCCUUGGGAGAACCUCUGUCCACGGGGCUGAAACAUGAGCACUUCAACUCUGAUAUGAGCAUGCUCGCUCAGAGCGUUUUAACAGCGGUGGCUGCUGAUUGGUUGGGGAGUGUACAAGUUGAUUCCUCCUCUUUUUUCGGGGGAAGCAGACGCAUACGAGGCGAUGAAGGUCAGAAAGCAGACUGUGUGAUGCUCAGAGGUGUCAGCCUGCUUCUGCUCAAGUCUGUGGAGCAUCACAUCCAGACUGCUGGUGGAACAGGAGUGGUCAGUGCCACAGAGGUGUUCGGGUAUCUACAGAGACUGUGGGGUUUCCUGAAGAAGCACAGCGGCCAGCUGACGGAGGUCACUCACCUCUGCCACUGGGUCAGCCUGCUGUUUGGUGAACAGGACGACGACAUGAUGGAGGCAGCCAAGGCUUUGCUUUCCAUAUUCCUCCAUCACAGACAGUGUUCUGGGCUGGAUGACUCUGCUGUGUUGGAAGCCGCCUGCGCCUCUGGCUGCAACCCUCACUGCCACUUCCUGUUUCUGCUUCGUAGCAUCGCCUUCGACCACAGCAUCCUCCUGGACUUUCUCAUCUCCACUGAAACCUGCUUCCUGGAGUACUUUGUGCGGUACCUGAAGUACCUCAGAGCUGACUGGCAGGGCUUCACGGCAGCAUGCGGGAGAAUCAGCAUGUCGGACUGUCUUCUUUCAACACAGAAGCCGCUUACUGCCCUGUGUGGUGGUGAUACCUUCGUACCGACACACAAAGGUGGGCCAGGUCCAGUUGAAGUCAGCCCCUCUGUCCAUCCCACAGGCGCAGAGAUGAUCAGUUCGAUUGCCGGGCUUCGCCUUGUAGAGUACGGUAGUUCUGAUGAAUCUGAUCCAGAGGGCAUGGAUUGCCAGGAUGAACCUGGGACGUCUGUGUGUAGUGCCUUGGAUGUGAAACAGGAGAUUAGCGGGCCAUCUAUACCUGUCAGACAGAAACAAUACGAGUCCUCUCACUCAACAGGAUUACUGAGACAUCCUAACUCUGUGCUGGAAAGAAGACCAGGAGGGCCGUCACUGCCGGAGCAAACCUCAUGUCUACCUCUGUCAGCCAGAGCAGUCUUCUGUCUUUCAGAGCUCAGGGAGGUGGUGACAAGGCUGCAGACAAAGAAACUCUUCCCAUAUAACCCGUCUUCACUGUUAAAGCUCUUGGUGCAGGUAGAGACCUAUUCCCAGCAGUCACGGCUGUCACAUUUCAAUAAAUGAUAAGAUAUG